AUGGCCCAGGAAGCAUCACCAGCAGCAAGGCAGCCUAGGACCUGGUUCAUCACCGGCUGCUCGAGCGGCUUCGGUGAGAUACUCGUCAGAAAGCUAUGCGCCGAGGGCGACAACGUGAUUGCGACGGGACGGCAGGCCGAUGUCAAACUCGCGCAUCUCCAGGAUACCGGUGCCAAGAUCAUGGACCUUGACGUCUCGGCAUCCGAGGACGUUAUCCGCGCCAAAGUCGCCGAGGCGUGGGACUUGUUCCCUGGCGGGGUGGACGUCGUGGUGAACAAUGCCGGCUACGUCCUUUCUGGUUUGAUUGAGGACUUGACGCAAGAACAAAUGGAGCAGUCUUUCCGGACGAACUUCCACGGCCCGCUCAACAUUUCACGAGCCUUCCUGCCCUUCUUGAGGAAGAGGGGGACGGGAACCCUGUUGUUCCUUGGGUCGCAGGCCGCGUGGCACGUUGAUCCCUUCGCAGGGGCGUAUUGCUCUAGCAAGUUUGCACUGUCAGGUUCGUAA